AUACUCUCUCUCCUGCAUGGUGCCUCCGUUAUCUACAUUUUCUGCAAUUCUGCCCCAUUCAUUCAGCAUUCAGAUUACUGUGCUCUGCUCUGCUCUGCGAAGUGGAAAGGAGCACAAAUGAACAUCCAAAUCCAAACCCACUCGCGCCUCCACUACUUGCUUCCGCAGCCGCAAUCUCCGUCGCCGGCGCAUCCGCUUCUUCGCCGCCGCGAGCUGCUUUUCUCCGUCCUCCGUCUCCGCCCCAGACUCUCCUGCUGCGUCGGCGAAUUGGAGGGAGAGAACAAGGAGAAUCGGCGCCAUCAAGCGAGGAGAGCUUACCCCUUCCACGAAAUCGAACCCAAGUGGCAUAAAUUCUGGGAGGAGAAGAAAACUUUCCGAACCCCUGAUGAAAUCGACACUUCUAAACCGAAGUAUUAUGUUCUCGACAUGUUCCCCUACCCCAGUGGUUCGGGAUUGCACGUCGGGCAUCCUCUUGGAUACACUGCUACAGAUAUCCUUGCUAGAUUUAAACGCAUGCAAGGUUACAAUGUUUUGCAUCCAAUGGGAUGGGAUGCCUUUGGCUUACCUGCAGAGCAGUAUGCAAUAGAGACAGGUACACACCCCAGAAUUACAACAAUGAAAAAUAUAAACCGCUUCCGAUCACAGCUCAAAUCUUUGGGUUUCUCAUAUGACUGGGACCGUGAAAUUUCUACGACUGAACCUGAAUAUUAUAGAUGGACACAGUGGAUUUUUAUUCAACUAUUGAAACGAGGGCUAGCAUACCAGGCCGAAGUUCCUGUAAAUUGGUGUCCUGCCCUUGGAACUGUCUUGGCAAAUGAAGAGGUAGUUGAUGGAGUAAGUGAACGUGGAGGGCAUCCUGUCAUUAGAAAGCCUAUGCGGCAAUGGAUGUUGAAGAUUACUGCAUAUGCUGAUCGCCUUCUUGAAGAUUUAGACCACCUAGACUGGCCUGAAAGUAUCAAGGAAAUGCAGAGAAACUGGAUAGGGAGAUCAGAGGGAGCGGAGCUAGAUUUUUGUAUUUUAGAUGGUGAUGGUCAAAACAGAGACUUGAAAGUUACUGUAUACACAACAAGGCCUGAUACUGUUUUUGGGGCCACCUAUUUGGUCCUUGCACCUGAGCAUAAUCUAAUGUCAUCAAUUGUGUCGGAAGCCCAAAAUUUCCAUGUGGAGCUGUACGUAGAACUUUCCUCAAGAAAGAGUGACCUUGAGAGAACUGAUCUCCAAAAAGAAAAAACAGGUGUUUUUACGGGUUCCUUUGCAAGAAAUCCAGCUAAUGGGAAAGCUAUUCCAAUUUGGGUUGCUGACUAUGUCUUGGGAAGCUACGGAACUGGAGCAAUAAUGGCUGUGCCUGCUCAUGAUACACGUGACCACAAAUUUGCACUAAAGCACAGUAUUCCAAUUUCUUGGGUUGUCAUGCCCUUUGAUGAUACUCUCAGAAAUCUUGAGAAACCUUAUACAGGAGAUGGAAGAAUGAUCAAUUCAUCAAGUUUGUCAACAGGGCUUGACAUCAAUUGUUUGUCUAGCAAACUAGCAGCAUCCAAAGUCAUUGAGUGGCUCGAGAAAAGUGGACAUGGAAAGAUACAGGUAAAUUACAAGCUAAGGGACUGGCUUUUUGCUAGACAACGUUAUUGGGGAGAGCCUAUUCCUGUUGUUUUUCUUGAUGAAUCCGGAGAAUGUGUUCCGGUUCCCGAGACAGAGUUGCCUCUUGUCCUUCCUGAGCUCAAUGAUUUUACUCCCACCGGAACCGGCGAACCUCCCCUUUCAAAAGCGCCAUCUUGGGUUAAAGCUUAUGAUCAUUUGUCUGGGAAGCCUGCCAGACGUGAAACUAAUACUAUGCCACAAUGGGCUGGUUCUUGCUGGUAACGGGUUUUCUCGAAGCUAAUAUUAACCUGGUUUGCUCUAUUGUACCUACUUGAUAUUGUUAUCUUCUUCAUUGACUCCCCAACAUAGAAUUCUGCCGAUGUUUGGAUUUAGGAAAAUGGAUGUGAAAAGAAAAAGACUAAGGAAAAUGGUUUUGUAGAUGUUACGUUUUGCCCUGGAGAAAACGCAACAAAAAUUCAAUUUGUUUUUUAAUCUUACACACACAGAUUUCUUUCUCACUUAUUGAAGUAUUUGAAUAAAAUGAUUUUGAACAAGUAUUGAGCCGGGGGUCUCUUGGAAACAGCCUCCCUACUUCCGAGUAGGGGCAAGGUCUGCGUACACACACCCUCCCCAGACCCUACUGUAGUGGGAUUCAACUGGGAUGUUGUUGUUGUUGAUUUUGAACAAGUACCUAAACCCGAUUUAUUGAGUUUGAAGCAUUUUUUCUCUCAGUUUCUUUAAUUCUAACUUUCAACUCUAUUUUCCUCCGCAUUAUCUUUCCCUACAAUCCCUAGCAUCUUUUGAAUUCCAAACAGACCUUAAAUAUAGCGUGAUGAUAAUAUAUUACAGUUAAAAAAAGAGAGAAGAGCAAUAUCAUCUAGGGAAGAGGUGGUUCAAAUUGCAUCGGAGCAACGUGACAAACUUUAUUGUAAAUUAGAUGUUUUAUCUAAGCAAAAAGAACUAGCCCUUACUUGUUUAGGUUGGAGUGUUGGAUGACAUGGUCUUCGUAAGUUGAAUCACAUAGACCAAUAUUUUAGCAUAUUCACAGGUUUGUAUUGUAUGCUGGGCAGAAAGCUAUCUGGCUGUAUUGUUUUUCCUAUUCAUUGCAGGUACUAUCUAAGAUUUAUAGACCCAAGAAAUUCUGGUGCUUUGGUUGAUAAGGAAAAAGAAAAGUAUUGGAGCCCUGUUGAUGUAUAUGUUGGUGGUGCAGAACAUGCUGUUCUUCAUUUACUUUAUGCCAGGUUUUGGCACAAGGUUCUCUAUGACAUUGGUGUAGUCUCAACAACAGAACCCUUUAAAUGUGUCAUAAACCAGGGUAUCAUCCUAGGUGAAGUUCAAUACAUUGCAUGCAAAGACUCCGACGGCAACUUCAUAUCAGCAGAGUUAGUUGAUGAUUUGACUGAGUGUAAUCAAGAGAGAAUACCAGAAGAGAAGGUACAUUUUUUUGCUUAUACUUUUUCUAUUCACCCAUUUCAUUUCUCAAAUUUUUGGCAACUCCUUUUUAAGCUUUCUCCAUCCUUUUUUAACUGUAUGUUUUGUUUUUGU